GGAGCAUGGACGACGCAGGAGGACGAGCUCCUCGCGCGGCUCGUGAAAGAGCACGGCACGAAAGCGUGGAGCGAGAUCGCGCGCCUCCUCCCUAACCAGCAGCGGCGCGGGAAGCAGUGCCGCGAGCGGUGGAUCAACCACCUCGACCCGACCAUCAAGCGCGGCGCGUGGACGAAAGAGGAGGAGACGAUUCUCAUUCGCGCGCAGAGGCAGCUCGGGAACCGAUGGGCGGACAUCGCGACCUGGCUGCCGGGACGGACGGAGAAUGGCGUGAAGAACCACUGGAACGCGACGCUGCGGAGGAAG